AUGGCGGCUGCGCUUCCUCGUCGUCCGCUCGCUGAGAGGACCUCUUUCUCUCAUGAGCAGUGCUCCGCCAUUUCGCAGAACUCGACAGGGAGCGCAAAACGUCCACGCUCGCCAGAGCCACACCCGGCGAAGGCCACCAAGCGCAUACGACCCCUCGCGCAAGCCGCGACAACGGCGGUCGCAGAAGACGGCAAAGGUCGGAAGAAGGUGGAGAGAGAGCAGCAGAAAGCCGAGUUCAGGGAGAAAUAUACGAAGGCCUUUCCGUCAUGGGUCUUCUAUUUCGACCCCGAUAUCUUGGACGUUGCCAACACGGAGGCGUUAAGGCAGGAUAUGAAGCGCAAGAUUCACCUGCUGGGAGGACGAGUGGACGACUUCUUUUCGAAAGAUAUUACCCACUUGAUCACAGAUCAAAUCCCGGGUACAGAACUUCCAUCAUAUAACAAGGAGAAUGUGGGGAAGUUGAAGAACGGCGCCUCAUCUUUGCUCAAAAGUCCUAUUAAGCUGAGAGGACGUAUUGUGGAAGAUGUACUCAUGGACGCUGAGUAUAGCCUCAUAAACAAGGCUCAGAGCUUCGGCCAGAAGAUUUGGACUCUGACGAAGCUGUCCAGCGUCGUGGAUCGCUGCCUGGCCACCCCGUCAACCGGACAAUCUCAGUCAUUGACAACGAGUGUUUCGGCUUCCACCCAGCAAUCUCUUUCGCGGCUCUUACAAUCCGAGCGACUGAAUGGGACUUGCGAGCGAGAUCCUGCUGAGAGGCGACACGAUUUCCGAUAUUUCUCGAAGGAUAGUUAUUUCGUUCUCGUCGAAGAUCUCCACCAAGAGUUCGCAACGAUAGCUGCUCAUGAGUAUCCAGUGCCGAAGCCGCAUAGCGCGACUAAGCCAUUGUGGCCGAUCUUGCACUGUCACCCUCAUGCUCGAGGUCCAUUUAUUGAAUUUGAUGAAAAGGAGAGACGACGAUGGGAGAAAACACAGCAGGCCGAAGCUGCGAAGGAAAAUCAGGCUCUUCAUGUAGCACGAACUGGCAGGCCAAAGCCACGACCAACAUCGUUACACUUGCAGGCCGCUGGUCAUGGCGAUUUGCGUCGCUCAGUGUCUAUGAACAACAUUCGGCGUCGAGUGUCUUAUCCCAAUGGGGUCCUCCGUGACGCCAAUCUGGUCGAUUUGGAUGCAGACGAGUACGAUAACGACUUGGCUUAUGCUUCAGGCUACUUAGCAUCAGGCAUAAGCGGACACGCUGCUGCUUCCGGAAACAGCGUCGGGUUGACUUCGACGGCAGGUACCACUUCGACAACAGGCACAGUACGUAAUGCUCUUCAACUUCCUGCAACACUGCGUGGGCGACUGCAGCAACAUGUGGUCACGUCCAAGAAGUUUCCUAACGGAGAAAGGGAUGGCACCAACGGACCUAUGGCCCCUCCUGAUGGCAUGCCUGGCCGCUCUACUCAAGCGAUGUUGCGAAAGAGUCGAAGUACGAAUACUAUCAAGUUACCGAGACGAGAUGAGGGUAGUAAGCCGGGGUAUUGCGAAAGUUGUCGAAUAAAAUUCGACGACUUCCGAAAGCAUGUCAAGGGCACGAAACACAAGAGGUUUGCCGCAAAUGACGACAACUUCUUGCAGCUCGACUUUGUUCUUGCCAGGGUCAAAAGAUGCACAGACGAGGAGGUGAGAAAAGCUGAGGCAGAUCGUGAGAGCAGACGGAGAGCAAGCCAAUCUGUCAGCUACUCUGGAUGA